CACCCCUUCCUUAUCCCUCCAUCCAAACUCUCAGUCCAUCUUCUGCUUUUUAAUUAACCCUCCUCUCCCUCUCUCCAUCUCCCCUCUGAGUCAUUUCCCCUCCCCCCUCUGUCACACAUUUCCCCCCUCCUCCCCCCCUCCUGUUUUCCUCUCCCUCUCAUCGCUCUCUCUCUCUCCAGUAUUUUCUCGGUCGCCGUGAAAGGCAGAACGCACACACACAGGCAGCAGGAUGUCGAUCGUCAGCAUUGUUGCCAGGGAGAUCUUGGACUCCCGGGGAAACCCCACUGUGGAAGUGGACCUUCGCACAGAGAAAGGUCUUUUUAGGGCUGCAGUACCCAGUGGGGCAUCCACAGGGAUCUACGAGGCUCUGGAGCUCCGAGAUGGUGACAAGAGCCGCUUCAAAGGCAAAGGUGUUUUGAAGGCAGUUGGGCACAUCAAUGACACCCUGGGUCCAGCCCUUAUAGCCUCUGGCAUUAGUGUGGUGGAGCAGGAACAGUUGGACAACAUGAUGAUUGAGAUGGAUGGCACGGAAAACAAAUCUCAGUUUGGAGCCAACGCCAUCCUGGGAGUGUCUCUAGCCAUCUGUAAGGCCGGUGCAGCAGAGACAGACGUCCCCCUGUACCGUCACAUAGCCGACCUGGCUGGGAACACAGAGCUGGUGCUGCCGGUUCCUGCCUUUAACGUGAUAAAUGGAGGAUCUCAUGCAGGAAACAAACUGGCCAUGCAGGAGUUCAUGGUUCUGCCUGUUGGGGCGGAGUCUUUCAAGGAGGCGUUGAGGAUAGGAUCUGAGCUGUACCACACACUGAAAGGUGUGAUUCACGAGAAAUAUGGCCAGGAUGCCAUCAAUGUGGGAGAUGAGGGAGGAUUUGCUCCCAACAUCCUGGAGAACAGCGAGGCCCUGGAUCUGCUGCAGACAGCCAUAGAAAAGGCAGGUUUCACAGAUAAGGUGGUGGUCGGGAUGGACGUAGCUGCCUCAGAGUUUUACCGUGAAGGCAAAUACGACCUGGAUUUCAAAUCCCCACCAGAUGCACAGCGGCACAUCACUGCAGAAGAGCUGGCUGACAUCUACCAGGGCUUUGUCAACAACUACCCAGUGGUAUCCAUUGAAGACCCCUUCGAUCAGGAUGACUGGGAGGCCUGGUCUAGUCUGACGGCCCAGGUCGGGAUCCAGGUUGUCGGGGACGACCUGACAGUGACCAACCCAAAGAGGAUAGAGAAAGCCGCUGAGGAGCGAGCCUGCAACUGCCUGCUGCUCAAAGUCAACCAGAUUGGAACUGUGACUGAGGCCAUCCAGGCGUGUAAGCUGGCUCAGGCGAAUGGUUGGGGUGUGAUGGUCAGCCAUCGCUCAGGAGAGACAGAGGACACCUUCAUCGCUGACCUGGUGGUUGGACUCUGCACUGGACAGAUUAAGACUGGCGCCCCCUGCAGAUCCGAACGGUUGGCCAAGUACAACCAACUCAUGAGAAUUGAGGAGGAGUUGGGCGACCAGGCUCGUUUUGCAGGCCAUAACUUCAGGAACCCCAGCGCCCUGUAAAACUGACAAGCGAAUGACCCACACACACGCAUGCACACAAGAUACACAUACACAUACACAUACACAUACA